AUGGUCAGUUCUGCACUGGCCCAGGAGGCUGUUAACGAAGUCUUAUCAAGAAUCAAGGAGGGUUACGCGGAGAAGUCAGAUGCAAAGGAGCACAUAGAGAGGAUGGAGAUGGCGCACAUCAAGCUAGAAGCUGCCCUUGAGACAUCCCACAAGUGGAACAUCAGCAGCGCGCCACUGCUGCGCUGGCAGAGCAAGCUUAAGCGUGCCACACAGGAGUGCGACCGCACUUUGCGUCGGUGCAGGCAGCGAUUGCAAGAAGAAGAAGAAGUGAAACAAGGGCUACAGAGCUCCUCCUUUCCUAAAAGGGUCGUUCAUACUGCCAUGUCAUUUGUUUCGUCAAUGUUUAGCAGCGGUAACGAUGAAGAGCUAAGAGGAUCCACCGCCGUCUGGCGAUUUGAGCAGUUUGCUGAUGGUGCGAGCGAGUUCUUGAGCUUACGGCUCUCUGAGAGUAUUGACAUAGUUGGGGUUGCAAUCAGAUGCUUUCAGCGUUUCAUACCGUACUUGAACUCAACGACCGAGAUUGUGAAGACAAAGCUAACCCAGCUGGGUGAGAUUACGAGGCCAAAAGCAGUAGAUUGCCUUCGCAGGAAUGUGGCAGCUACCUUGUAUCAGAUGCUGUGGAAAUCCAAGCAUGGCAGCGCAUACUUUCGGGUCGAGAAGACCUCAUGCAGAGCAACCACUAGGAUAGACAAAGUUGGACAAUGUCGUAAGCAACGGAGGGACAAGAAGGUUCCGGUUCAGGGAUGGACAAGUGGUAACAAUGAGUUCAUUGUCUCAUGGAUUGCGCAUGCGCCUGCCCAAUUGCAGGGCUCAGUCAUCGACUACUGGAUUCAGAAAGAAAAGCAAUCAACACCACCGUUAUUAUUGAAAACUAAUGGCUGCACCCGUGAUUGUCCAAUCAUGCUAUCAUCUUUGCAAGAUCACAGAUAUUUGGUUAGGAAGCUCAAGUUGUCCAGCACGUUCAAUCCCUGA